CCUCGAACCCCGCAGAGAAGGCGGCAAGCAAGCUCAAGGCACAGACAGACCAGCGACGACAACUCCACCAGCCGCCUCCGCCCGUCACAGCGACCGGCAAUUUGCGGCGACAAUGUCGGCCUCACGCUCCGCUCUCUCUGCCAUCCUCUUCGCCGUCCUGGCAGCGGUCGCCUUCGCCGCCACGGCGCCGUCGCCUAGCCCCGACGGCGCCCCCGCCUCGGCGCCAGCGAACCUGCUACCCAAGGCUGCCCCGACCAUGGCUCCCACCCCCGCGCCCGCGCCCGCCAAGAUGGCCCCGGCCCCUGCUCCGACGAAGAAUGCUGCCGCCCCCAAGGCCAGCGCCCCGUCUCCGCACCACCACGCCAGCUCGCCGCCGUCAGGGGCCCCGGUGGCCGGGCCUGCUCCCGCGCCCGGACCGAGCAUGCCGCCAAAGAGCGCCGCGGCACCUGCAGCCGGCUCCGCAAGCCUCGUCGCCCUGGCAGCGGCUUUCGCUGCCGUCGCGGUGCGCGGCUUCUAAAUUUGAGAGGGUGGCGGACGCUGUUGGCUGUUGCUGUUCUUUGUUUUGCUGCGGAUUUGUUCGCUGUUCGUAAUAAGCGUCCAUCUUUGUUUUGGACGUCUCGUUUGAUUUUGGUGACCUGAUCCCGCUGUAAGCAGAUCGGUUCAUUGUUUUUGUUUGAAACGAAAUCUGUUCAGUGUUGUGCGUGAUA